AUGGCUGGGCCACCUCUAGGCGCGCCGCCCAUGGGCGGUCCACCAGGCCCUGCCCCAGCAAGCGUGCCACCUCCACCCACAGUGGAUCAGAUGAGAACGACUCCAGCUGCUUCGACCUUUCCUGGAACAGGCAUGGGUGCGGCAGCUCACACAGAGCCACCAGCAGCAUUUGGUGCUGCUGCAACAGCACAAGCACGAGGUCUCUACCCUCAAGCGGAUGCUUCUGUUCCAGGUGCGCCAGGUGCUCCCGGGCAUGGCGGGAUGCAGCCGACAAGCACUGGACAAGAUGCAUAUUCUGCGCAAUUUCUGCGUGAUGUAGAGACCUUCAACUCUCCAGCUCAUUUUGUUCGUUGUUCAGUUUCAAGACUGCCCAACUCAGCGAGUGCCAAGCAGAGGUUAAACAUCCCCUUGGGUGUUGUUUUGCAACCCCUGGCACCUUUGGCUCCGGAUGUGGAGCAGGUCCCUUCAGUAAACUUUGGUGCUGUGGGGACGAUCGUCAGAUGCAAGCAGUGCCGAACGUACGUGAACCCUUUUGUGCAGUGGGAGGCGAACGGCCGUCGCUGGAAUUGCAACCUUUGUGGCUUCUCUCAGCUAACACCGGACACGUACUAUGCCAGCCUGGACGAGUCAGGCAAGCGUAUGGACCGCUUCCAGCGAGCCGAGCUGCACAAAGGUGCAGUCGAGUACAUCGCACCGGGUGAGUACAUGGUGAGGCCUCCACAGCCUCCCGUCUUCAUGUUCGUGAUCGACGUCUCGUACACCUCAGUGGUGACGGGCUUGUUGAACACCGUUGUGGCAAGCAUCAAGGAGGCCAUUCAGUCAGGCAGCAUUCCUGGAGGUCAGCGUGUCCAGGUGGGCAUUAUCACCUUUGACACCAGCUUACACUUCUACAACUUAAAUUCCAAUCUGAGCCAGCCACAGAUGCUCGUGGUUUCAGACCUUGAAGAUCUUUUCCUUCCCUUGCCAGACGACAUCCUCGUGCCCCUAGCAGAGAGUGAGGCUGCCAUUCUCAACUUGCUGGACUCCUUGCCAUCAAUUUUUGGCGAGACUAAAGUCAACGAGUCCUGCCUGGGCUCCGCGGUGCGUGGAGCCUUCAUGGCGAUGAAGCAUAUCGGUGGCAAACUUCUGGUCUUCGGUGCCUGCAUCCCCAGCGUGGGCGAGCUGGCGCUGAAGUCGACCCGAGAUAACCCAAGGUUGCUUGGCACAGACCGCGAAGUGGAAUUGCUGCGGCCUGCCGGGAACGACGGGUACAAGCAGUUGGCGCAGGAGCUGACUCCUGCGCAAAUCUCCGUCGAGUUGUUCCUGGCCCCCCAGGCCUAUAUGGACUUGGCUUCCAUUUGCCCACUUGCAAAGUACACGGGCGGUGAUGUCCACUACUAUCCUCAGUUCAACAUCAAUACUUGCUUUGUGAAAUUCAAGAGCGAGCUGGUGCACGUGCUAACGCGCUACAUGGGAUGGGAGGCGGUCAUGAGAGUCCGUGUCUCGCGGGGCUGGAAGAUCACCAAGUUUGACGGGCACCUUUUCAUUCGAGGACAGGACCUCCUGGUAGUUCCCAAUUGUCAUUCUGACCAGACCUUUGCCAUUCAGAUCGAUAUGGAUGAUAAUGUCACACCAGACCCUGUGCUCUACGUACAGAGUGCCCUGCUCUACACCAACAGUGAGGGCGAGCGACGCAUACGAGUGCACACUUGGGCCGCACUGACCACGCCCAACUUCAAUGACAUCAUCGGCUCCAUCGAUGUGCAGGCAAGUGCAGCGAUGAUGUCCCACCAGGCCAUGGAUCAGUCAAUCAAGACCAACCAGACGGAGGGUCGAAAUAAGCUCAACUCCUUUUGCCAACAAGUGGUUCAAGCAGGAAAUGUGUGUCAGACGGAAGCCUUGCAAUACCUUCCUCUCUACAUCAUGGGCAUGCUUAAGUCUGCGGCCUUCCGGGCCACGAACGACAUCUCGGCCGACUUGCGGACCUACAUCAUGAUGCGAUUAGAAACCUUGUCUGUCUCCCAGACAGCAGCAUUCUUCAAUCCAAGGCUCAUGGCGAUCCACAAUGCGCCUGAGACAUGUCAGACACCGGAUGAGCAUGGCCGAGUGCAGCUUCCGGAGAUGCUGAACUUGACUAGUGAGUCGAUGACGCAGGACGGGGUCUACCUGCUCGAGGAUGGGGAAUCCGUGUACAUGUGGAUCGGAAGGUCGGUGGACACCAGCUUUGUGCAGGCUGUUUUCGGAGUCAGCUCUUUCGAGCAGAUUGACACCAACUCGGCAGAAAGCGUAGUCGGUACUCGGGGAGACCCGCUGUCCACCAAGAUUGCAAACAUUCUUAGACAGGUGCGGCUUGAGCGACCCACUCCCUACAUGCAGCUGCACGUGAUACGACAGGGUGAGCCUAAAGAAAACAAAUUUUUCGCUGCGCUCAUCGAAGAUCGAACAAUCGGUCUGCAGAGCACUUAUAUGGAGUUCUUGACACGGAUGGGCUACCGCCCCCAACAACAGGCUCCACCGGCAGGCGCCGGAAUGAUGGCGGCAGCACCACCAAUGGGCGGAUCAUACUGA